AAAUACUAGCGAUGAACGUGGACGAUGUGUUUCCCUUGUGUUCGGUAGUUGCUUUUGUUCGUAUUGCUUGUCAUGGCUCGCACUAAGCAAACUGCUCGUAAGUCCACCGGCGGUAAGGCGCCCCGUAAGCAGCUGGCCACCAAGGCGGCCCGCAAGAGCGCGCCGGCCACGGGCGGCGUGAAGAAGCCCCACCGCUACCGGCCCGGCACGGUGGCCCUGCGCGAGAUCCGCCGCUACCAGAAGUCCACCGAGCUGCUGAUCCGCAAGCUGCCCUUCCAGCGCCUGGUGCGCGAGAUCGCGCAGGACUUCAAGACCGACCUGCGCUUCCAGAGCUCGGCCGUGAUGGCGCUGCAGGAGGCGUGUGAGGCCUACCUGGUGGGGCUCUUCGAGGACACCAACCUGUGCGCCAUCCACGCCAAGCGCGUCACCAUCAUGCCCAAGGACAUCCAGCUCGCGCGCCGCAUCCGCGGGGAGAGGGCGUAAUUACACUGCCGGUCUUCUCAGCAACCCCAGUUUAACCAAAGGCUCUUUUCAGAGCCACCCAACUUUUCAAAUAAAGUGGCUGUAAAUAAACCCCC